UCACUUUCUUGGGAUGGUCUCUGAAUUGAAAUAAGCAUCUCAGGUUCUCAUUGCAAGAAAGAGAGGGAACAAGGAACAAAAGCCGAAAGGAGAGGAAGAAGAAAGGUAAGGAUAAGGUAUAUAGUAAAAAAUGGGAAGAUCACCGUGCUGCGAUGAGAUUGGUCUAAAGAAAGGCCCUUGGACUCCUGAAGAAGAUCAGAAGCUUGUUAAUUUCAUUCAAGAGCAUGGUCAUAGGAGCUGGAGAGCUCUUCCAAAACUAGCAGGGCUGAACCGAUGUGGGAAAAGUUGCAGGCUACGCUGGACGAAUUACUUAAGGCCUGACAUAAAGAGAGGGAAAUUUUCUCAAGAAGAACAACAAACGAUUCUGAAUCUCCAUGCCAUCCUGGGAAACAAAUGGUCAGCGAUUGCGAGCCAGCUACCCGGACGGACAGAUAAUGAGAUCAAGAAUUUCUGGAACACCCAUCUAAAGAAGAAGCUCAUCCAAAUGGGUUAUGAUCCGAUGACACACCAACCUCGAACUGAUCUUUUCUCAAGUUUGCCUCAUCUCGUAGCUCUAGCUAAUCUAAAAGGACUUCUGGACCAUCAACCAUGGCAACAGAGUGUUGCUUUGAGACUGCAAGAAGAGGCUGUUCAAUUGGCCAGACUUCAAGGCUUACAACAUCUCUUUCAUCCUCAGCCUCAACCUUCUGCAACUGAAGCCAACUUAAACCGUGACUUCACGAACUUGGAUGCCAUUAAUAUUGACCUUCUGGAGUCCCUGAAUCCGACGAACAAUAACAUUGCCUUAAUUUCAACCCAGUCGGAAAACAAUGUUAUAAAUAAUCCGCCUCCAAUUGGAGUCAACAACCUCCAGUUGGGAUACGACUCGUUCUCUCACAUGCCAGAGUUGAAAUCACCACGUAACUCUCAUCAACCACCAUCGUCAUUAAGUCAGGGAGAAAGUUCUCCCAAUUCACCGUGGCUUCUUUCAUGCUCAAGCAGUAUUGCAUCUCCUUCCACUGUGCCAGAGAUUGCAAUGACAAAUACUGUUAAUUAUGGAGAAGGUGGUCCUUCCAUGUGGCCCGACCUCCUGCUGGAGGACCCUUUGUUCCAUGAAAUUUCCUAGUGCCUAGUAUUGUACUUGUGUAAAAGGAAUAGUACGUGUAUAAGCUUCAAGAUAGUCUUUGACCCGUAACAUUAGUUACCUAUUCACUGUAUUCUUGUGGGGAUCUUGAGUAUGUAUAGUGUCUGUUUUAUAUGAAUAUGCUUGCUUUGCCGCUGAAAGUGUAAAUUGUAAGCUAUACCCCUCGGGUAUUUUC